AGGACACAUUAUGAAAUGGCUUAUAUUUUCAAACCAGUGGGGUUCUAGCAGGUGUGUGAGUGGGCAUAUGGAUCCUCUUCCUUGCCAGGUUUUAUUUCCCCCUAUGUCAAGUUUUAACGAGCUGUGGAUUCCUUAGGGAUCUUGUUAAAGGUAGGCAUUGUUAUAGCAGGCCUUGGGUGGGGCCUUAGAUUGUGUAUUUCUAACUACUUCCCAGGGAUGCUGCUGCUGGUGGUCAACAAAUCCCAUUUCCAGGAGCAACUGUGUAAACAAAACUGACUAGGUUUGUUGCCUGGCCCAGGAUUUAUUUGACCAAUGAGAUUGCAGCACACAUACCAGCCUCAGCCUGAGGCCUGAGUCUUACCUUUGAUGUCACAAUCUGGCCUGUAGCCAUGAAUGUGGCCACAGCUACUCACAGACCAGAUGGCCAGGUCUAGAGGACUAUAGUAAGAUGUGGAAGAGAACUGAUCCUCAAGCCAAGAUCAAAGCAGGGGAUAGGCCUCAGACUUGCCAUUCUCUGGCUCUGGGAUCGGCCACAGAGUCGGCACUGCCCCACCCUCUAGAACUGUCAGACUUUCAGAGCUUUUCAGUAUUUGAGGACAUUAGCCAUUACAUCAAAGAAGAAGGAGCCCAACUGGUAAAGAAAGUGAAUGCCAUCUUUCAGCUUGACAUCACCAAAGAUGGGAAGACCAUUCUGCAGUGGACCAUUGACCUCAAGAACGGUUCGGGGGACAUGUACCUGGGAUCAGCCCGGCUUCCUGCAGACACCAUCUUCAUCAUCCCUGACACGGUCUUUACAGAGUUAGUUGUGGGUAAGAUGAACCCACAGAAGGCUUUCCUGGCUGGCAAGUUUAAAGUGAGAGGCAAAGUUCUCCUUAGCCAGAAGCUGGAGAGGAUCUUCAGAGAGUGGGCUAAAUUUUAAGCAUGGGGGAAUGCCCAGGAAAGAUCAAGACUUCUGGCUUAUUAUAACGUUGAGUAGCAAUCACGCUUUAACUGAAGAUUAAAGGAAAAAAUAGCCAAUAUUUUUACUCAAAUUCUUCCUAUUCAAGUUCGAUUGAUUUCCUGCUGAUGUGUACAUUUGCUGGGAGCUGGGAUAGUAAAAAAGUGUUGGAGUGCAACACCUACAA